AUGGAACAUCCUAUGCUACAUGCUGCUAUACGAUCUGGAAGGAGAAAUGCAUAUCAACCAUCAUUGUUUUUCACCGUGUGGACAAGCGGGCAGGUUGAUGUCAUUCGGCCGUGCGUCAUCGACACGGAAUUAUCUAUCCUCGGCGACUUAUUUCAAAACGCCUCGGGCGACUCGUCAAAACGGCAAAAACAUGCAGCUAAAGCAGCUGCUGAAGCCGAUUGA